UGUUUGACCCAUCUGUUCUGUCCCUAGAUACAGGUCCAGUUGUUUGUAUGUUAUUAGUUGACAUUGCAUUCUUUUUACCUGUCUUAUAAUUCAUUUACUUUAUUAUUGUGUGGCAACAGCACCAUCUACUGACCAGUUCAGAAUUGCAUUUAGUCUCGUUUUUGCAAUGUAUUGUGGGAGCCACCAGAGGUAUUGUGGGAACUUCCUGCUUCUUCUCCUCAGUCCUGUCUUAUACAGCAUGCAGUCACCAUCUUGUCUCAGGAGCCUAAUCCUCAUCCCUUGGUUCCUACCUCAUCAGCCAGUUAUUGAGCCUGUUUUCAAGCAUAGUCGUUUCACCGCUUUCCUGUCAUUCUACUAUCAAUAAAAGAGGAAGUUAAAGCAGUACAAUUUCUUCUCUUCUUGAAUACGGGAUCGGUUUAGCUACAUGUCAGAUUACACACCGUGCUAACGUGUAUGAGGACAGUAUAGUGAAACGACUGCUGAGAAUAAGCUCAGACGAUUAGACUAUACGGAGCCCGCCAUUAUCCACGCAGGGCCUACAUACGGAUAUCGCAGCAGUCUCCUAACAGUCACAACACGGAGCCCACCAUUAUCCACGCAGAGCCUGCAUACGGAUGUCGCAGCGGUCUCCUAACAGUCGCAACAUGUCUAAUAGUCGGGCAUCUUCACUCAAGACAAGGUCUCAGAUAAGUGGCUCUAGCAGGACAUCAAUCAGAGAAGCCGCCGCCAUUGCCCGUGCAAAGGCAGAAGCUGCAAAGGCAAAAUCCAGCUUCACAGAACAAGAGAUGCAGUUAAAGAUGGAGAAAGCUUCUCUGGAUAUGGAGAAAGCGCAACUUGAAGUUACUCUAGAAAAACUCGCUGCAGAUAAAGAAACAGCAGCCGCCAUCGCAGAAGCAGAAUUUCUGGAAGCCACGGAACUUCAGGAAACCAAGAGUCAUCGCAGCAUCGUCCAUCCAGGACUUGAAUCCCAAGAUCCACAACAGCGAACUUCACAAUACGUCUAUCAGCAUUCCAAGCCAGAUGACAACCCAGCUCCACAGCUUAAUACAAAGCAGUCUGUUGACGAGCCAAGCCAACAUGCUUAUCCGGAUCAUCAGAAAGUCGACUAUCAGUCUCCUUGCACCAAACUAGAGAAUACUCAUCAGAGUGAAACCAGCUACAUCGAAGUCUCUCCAGAACAGAGAAUCAGAAAUCGGCCCCUGCUAAGAAAGAUGCCUUUCGCUUCAGAACGUUAUUACACAGAUCCGGUUAAACCAGAGACUUCCAACAGGUAUGGCCGUGCACCACACAUUCACUCUGACAACACAACACCAGCCGGUCCCAGCGCUAAUCAAGCCACUAUGGACAUUGCAAGGUUCCUUGCUCAACAUGAGCUUGUCAUCAAGGGACUUGUAAAGUUCACCGACCGCGCUGAGAAUUAUAGAGCUUGGCGAGCUUCCUUCCAAAAUACCAUGAGAGACUUAAAUCUGUCAUAUAGUCAGGAACUGGAUGUCUUGGUGAGUUAUCUGGGAAAUGAGUCUGCCGAUCACGCUAAAAGGAUUAGAGACAUCAAUGUAAAUUAUCCAGAUGUUGGUCUACAAAGGGUCUGGGAUAGACUUGAUGAGAUGUAUGGCGCAGCAGAGGUUAUAGAAAAUGCCUUAUUCAAGAGAAUUGAGGACUUUCCCAAAAUAGCAAACAAAGUCUAUUCAAAGCUUAGAGAUUUAAGUGACUUACUAAUGGAGCUGAGUGUAGCAAAGGCAGAAGGGGAUCUGGUAGGAUUGGCAUUCCUUGACACUGCUAGAGGGGUGAAUCCCAUAGUCCAGAAGCUCCCAUACAACCUGCAGGAGAAGUGGGUCAUGCAUGGUUCUCGGUAUAAACAGACUUAUAAUGUACCAUUUCCUCCAUUUAAUGUGUUUGUAGAUUUUGUCUCUGAACAAGCAAAAAUUAGGAAUGAUCCUAGCUUUGAUUUCAUGAUGUCAUGUGCCACCCCUUCAGUCAGUAAACCACGUAGAGCUAUGAUAGAGGUCCACAAAACUAACGUUUCUUCCACAGGUUCAGUCCAUAAAAGGUUCAGCUCUUAUCAAAGAGGAGACAAACCCAAGGACCCGAGCAGUCAGUGUCCCUUACACAGGAAGCCUCAUUCCCUACUUAAGUGCAGAACCUUCAGAGCAAAGUCAUUGGAAGACCGCAAGACCUUCCUCAAGGAGAACAACAUCUGCUUUAAAUGCUGCUCUUCAACUUCGCACUUCGCCAGGGACUGUGAGGUUAGUGCAAAGUGUGCAGAAUGUGACAGCACAGAUCAUAACACAGCUCUACACCCUGGGCCACCACCGUGGGCUUCACCCCAAACCCAAGAGCAAAGCGGGGAGCGAAAAGAAGAGAAUACUGACACUUUGGCAGUUACUUCUAAAUGUACAGAGGUUUGCAAAGACCUCAGAGGAGGCAGAUCCUGCUCUAAAAUCUCCCUAGUGAGGGUUUACCCAGAAGACAACCGAGACAAAGCCAUCAAAGUGUACGCAAUUCUAGACGAUCAAAGUAACAAGUCGUUAGCGAAGUCUGCCUUCUUUGAUAGCUUCCACAUCAGAGGACCCGGUGCCCCCUACUCUCUAAGAACUUGUGCUGGUACUGUGGAAACAGCCGGAAGGAGGGCAAGCGGCUACAUAAUUGAAUCCAGUGAUGGUCAAGUGCGUCUGCCUUUACCAACUAUCCUAGAAUGUAACCAGAUUCCUGACAACAGGUCUGAGAUACCCACGCCAGAAGUAGCAGAGCAUCACCCUCACCUGAAGCGUAUAAGACACCUGAUCCCGAACCUUGAUCCCGAAGCUCAGAUAGUCCUACUCCUCGGGAGGGAUAUCUUACAGGUCCACAAAGUUAGACAGCAGAUCAAUGGAUCUCACAAUGCUCCAUACGCCCAGAGGCUCGACCUAGGAUGGGUCAUUGUAGGAGAAGUAUGUUUGGGAGGUGUACACAGACCAACAACUGUCAACAGCAUGCUUACCAGUACACUUGAGAAUGGACGCCCAUCUCUCCUACAACCAUGUGAAAAUCACCUUUUCAUUAAGGAACUGCCUCAAAGCACUUCAUCAUUAGGUGCUCUUGCAGGUCCUGCCUACGAUGACUUCAUCUGGGAUGUCAAUCAAGACCACCUAGGAUCCACAGUCUUCCGCAAGACUAAAGAGGACAAUCGUAUGGCGAUGUCAUUCGAAGAUAGACUGUUCCUAGAUAUAAUGGAGCACGGUAUGGUGCAGGACGAAGCAAGAAGCUGGGUUGCACCUCUACCCUUUAAGCCUCAAAGACAGCGCUUACCCAAUAAUAGAGAGCAAGUUUUCAAACGAUUUGUCUCUCUCAGGCACAACCUGAGAAACAAACCUGAGAUGAGUGAUCACUUCUUUACCUUCAUGGAAAAGAUAUUCCGGAAUGGUCAUGCAGAACUAGCACAUUUACUUCAAGAAUCGGAAGAACGCUGGUACCUGCCCAUGUUUGGGGUGUAUCACCCGAAGAAGCCAGGUCAGAUCAGAGUGGUGUUUGACUCAAGCGCCAAGUAUGAAGGCGUAUCAUUGAACAACGUUUUGCUGUCAGGCCCAGAUCUAAACAACAAGCUCAUAGGAGUGCUUCUCCGUUUUCGCAGAGACUCCAUUGCAUUCACAGCUGAUAUCCAACAGAUGUUCCAUUGCUUCCUAGUUAAGAAAGAACAUAGAAAUUUCUUGAGAUUCCUAUGGUUCAAGGACAACGAUCCCUCUAAAGAUGUUACAGAGUAUCGUAUGAAAGUUCACAUCUUCGGCAAUAGUCCUUCUCCUGCAGUCGCCAUCUAUGGAUUGAGACGCACAGCUCAGAAAGCAGAAGAAAAGUAUGGAGCGGAUGUCAGACUCUUUGUAGAGAAAGACUUCUAUGUGGAUGACUGUCUGAAAUCAAUGCCCUCAGAUGAGACUGCAAUCAGUCUCCUCAAAAGAACCCAAGAGAUGUUCUCUCUGUCUAACCUGAGGCUACACAAGAUCGCUUCUAACAGCCAGAAAUUGAUGGAAGCCUUUCCUUCUCAAGACCAUUGUGAAGACUUGAAGGACUUAGAUCUAGGCUUUGACUCGCCUCCGAUGCAACGGAGCCUUGGCCUACUCUGGGAUAUAAAAGCUGAUACCUUCACUUUCCAGGUUAACAGAGAAGAAAAACCCUUUACUCGCAGAGGAGUACUGUCAGCCAUAAGCAGUUUAUAUGACCCACUAGGAUUUGCAGCUCCUAUACUCAUCGAAGGUAAAGCUAUGUUAAGAGACUUCACCAGAGAAGGGUCGAACUGGGAUACUCCUCUUCCCAUGAAGGAAAGAACCACGUGGAUGGCCUGAAAGAAUUCCCUU